ACACACACACACGCACUCACGGCAGAUUCAUAUGACACGGUGCAGACCUGCGGGAUUUCCCAAACACCUCUGUCGUCGCCUUUGUCCCUCUCCUCCUUCGAAAUUGAAUCAGGCAAAUUAGAGGGUUUUUUUCUUUUUUCUUUUAUUUCCAAUUAGGAAAAACAACAAAAACAACACUUUGUGGGAAUAGCGCGGCUGGAGAGACAAACUUUGGAUGCUGCCCGGGGAGCGCGUCCGAGAAGUGCGCAAGUAGAACGUGCCCCGGUGCCAUUCGAGCGGCUGAUGCCCCCCCGCUCCGCCUGAGUCGCCGUGAAUCAUGUCACGCCGGAAACAGAAGCGACCCCAGCAUCUCGUCAACGCGGACCCGGGUGGCCCACGGCUGCUGUCUCACGAUGACCACCUGGGAAUAAAGUCACCGUCCACAUCUCUAGGCUCUGAAGUGACUUCAUCGGGAUCCUCAUCCUCAUCCCCCACCUCUCUCCAAGACUGCCAGCCGCCUCUGGCCCCUCGCCCAUCCCCCGGUGGGCUCCACGCGCCCUCCUUACCCAGCGAGAGCUCGCCUCCUCCCCACUGGCCCAGUCACAUUGCCCCCUUCACCACCUCCCUCCCCAACACCCACUCUUCCCUUUCCCCAGACUUUCCUCACCCUUCACUGUCUUCCCAGACUCAUUCGCCUCCUCCCAUUGGUCAAACCUCAGGUUCCCACAGCCUGUCCCACCAAGGAAAUUCUCACUCCACCAUGACCUCCCCACCGAUGGGCAGUUCGGCCACCACCACUACCUCCUCCUCCUCUUCCUCCUCCACGUCCUCUCAAUGUGUGCUGCCUCCCCGGGACAGCUCCAGUCCAGGUCAGCAGCGGUCUUCCAGCUCUCCGGGGCAGCAGGGACAGAUCCAGGUGCCUCCAACGCUGGCAGUACUCCUAGAGGAGCUGAGGGUUUUACAGCAGAGGCAAAUCCACCAGAUGCAAAUAACAGAAGAGAUCUGUAGGCAGGUUCUGAGGCUUGGAGGGGCUGUCUUUGGUCAAGAUAAUAACACACAGGCUAGUGGUGCAGACAGCCACCGGAAGUCUAUAGGAGCAUCGUCUACAUCACCAACACACCCCUCUACUGCCACUCCAGUGACCACAGCCUCAUUUUUGACUGGCCUUCCAUCUUCCCUCUUCCCCCAGGCAGCCCUCUCCAAAUCAGGCGCUUCCCACAUUAAUGGCAGCAGAGGUUCAUCAUCCUCUACCUCUUCCUCAUUACCGUCUUCAUCUCUUUCAUCCACUAUCAGCUCCUCUGUUGCCUCCCUACAUCCACUGUCCUUAUCUUUGGGCCUAACGCCACGCUACCUCCAUGAGAAAUCGCCUAACACCUCCUCAUUCAGCCACACCAACGGUGUCAGCUUCCCCACUCCUCCCCUUCCUACCACGAGCCAUUCGCAGGACCUCCAGUCCAGCUCCUCCUCUGCCGGCUCAUCAGGUCGCGUUCAGCACGUGUGCCGUUUUUGUGGGAAAGUGCUGAGCAGCGAUUCAUCACUCCAGAUCCAUCUGAGGUCGCAUACAGGUGAAAGGCCCUACCAGUGUCCAGUCUGCUUAAGUCGUUUUACAACCAGAGGGAACCUCAAAGCUCAUUUCCUGCGACACAGAGAGCAGAACCCAGAGCUAUCCCUCUCCCUGUUGCCCCCAGCACUGUCUGAGCUUCCGCAGAGUGUACCUGCCCCUGGUGCCAGCCAGAGGAGGAGAAAACGGCGGGCUGAUGAUGAUGAGCAAUUUAAUGCAGUGAAAGGGAGCAUUCCCGGAAUGACAGAGAACAUGGCUUUAGGAUUCCUGCCUGGUGGGUCGGGUCGGCCGUCCCCUUCCUCUCUUCCUUUGCCCCCCACAGUAGACAUGGCAUUGCUGUCCACAGCCCAUUCACUGCUUCAGCUGAACAGAGCCUCAGCCGCAGCUGCUGCCAGUGCAUCAAGCACUGUACUGCCUUCUUCAUCAUCAUCCUCCUCCAUGGGAAGCCACUUCAAGGGUGCUAAGCAGCAGCGUUUUGAUGAAAACACACCUCCUCACUCUACCCUGCAUACAACCUCCCCAUACUCCCAACUGGCCCACCUCCCCAAAAUUCUGUUCCCUGGAGGUACCUCCCCUCAUCACCUUGCACUUCUCCGGCCCCCUGGCCACCCAUCCACCUCCCACCUCACUUCUCAUCAGCUAGCCUUCCCCUUUCCACCUUUCCCCAAACCAUCAACCUCCUCUCCCUCCUCAUCUUCUCCCACCACCUCUACCCAAACCUCAGACACCUCCAAGUUGCAGCGGCUGGUACAGAAACUUGAGAAGCAACCACAAAGAGGUGCCGCCUCCUCUCCAUCCACCUCCUCGCAAACACUCGCUGAAGCCUAUGGGGACACACACGGCCAUGACCUGACCACCACCUCCAGUGCCUACCGCAGGGAAAUGUUGGCUGCACUCGGCCUGAGCCCAAGUGCCAAUGUUGCGGGACUAGUGACCAGCCAGGGAGUCUCAGGUUUUGGCACUACAACUACCACAACUGCCUCUUCUAUGCCUAGUGCUCAGGCUGCCAACCAGUGUGGUGUCUGCUUUCGUGUCCUCAGCUGCCCUAGAGCUCUGCGUUUGCACCAGGCCACACAUCUGGGAGAGCGCCCAUUCCCUUGUAAGCUGUGCGGCCGCUCCUUCUCCACAAAGGGUAGCCUUAGGGCCCACCUGGCCACACACCGUGCAAGACCGGCAAAUUCCCGUGCCCUGAACUCCUGCCCACUGUGCCCACGCAAAUUCACAAAUGCCUUGGUUCUUCAGCACCACAUCCGCUUGCACCUAGGAGGGCAAAUACCACCCGAUGAAGAUGGUGCAGAAAUGGAAAGUGCUGCCUUCGAUGAUGGUGAGAAUGACGCCAUCAGUUCCCCAUCUAAAGCCGAACAACUUCUUCCCCUGGCGUUAACAAAAGGCUCCAAGUCGCCAAAUUAUAUUCUCAAAUCAGGGUCCACCUCUAAAAAAUCCACAGCUGCUGAUGUUACUUCUGUGAAGACCGAGGAAUCUGAGGGCUCAACGCCCAGUGUUAGCCCACCCCUGACCCGUAAUCCUCCCACAGCAAGAGCUGAGGACCCCCUGCGUCUGGGAGACAACGCCCUAGCUGAUGGUACCCCCGUGAACAGCUCCACGUACUCCGAGGAAGAGACCCACACUGACCUGGGCAGCAACAGCCCUGUCAAAACACCCCUAGCUACUUCUCAUUCAGCUGUAAUGAAUGAAGAUACAGAGGCAGAUGACACCCCUCUUUCUCUCUGUGUUUCAAAGCCUAGGGUAGAAAAUGAUACACUGCAGAGAGCGGUUAAUAUUGAUGACCCCCGCUCAGCAGACGAACCCAUGACUAGCACUGAUUCCAACCCCAAACCCCAAGCUGCAAAUCCCUCACCUGCACUCACCCCUCCUGCCAGCCCCACAGCUAUCUCAGAAGAACAAGAGGCCUGUGGCAGUGUACCACAGGGGCCGCAGGAGUCCGAUGCGGCCCAAAGUAAUGGGAAGGGUGAGACAGCCACACCCAGAGAGCCUUCGACAGUGUUGGAUCCAGAGGUUGAAAAAGACACUCCAAAGGAGGAGGGUUAUGUUGUGCCAGAAAAACCUUCAGAGCCAGACCCAGAGCCAUCUGUCCCAGCACCAGCACCGCAGAGCCAGCCACACCGCCCAGACAAACCCUACAGCUGUUCCCAAUGUGGAAAGGCAUAUGCCAGCCGUAGUGGUCUUAAGGGACACAUGAAAACUCACCCCGGAGCAUUGACCAGUACCCCCUCCACUGCCCAAACCAAUGACAAUGACGUUGCAGAUGAUGGCAGUUCACAUGCAACCAAUAAGAAAACGGUACAGCAAGCUCAAAAGCAGGGAUCGGAGGAAUCCCCAGAGAAAGGCGACAGCACAGAUCCUCUACCAAUUGGUGUUGCCGCUGAUGUGGCGGCUGAGCCUAUGGACACUACUGUGUAGAAAGUUAGUAUUGUUGAAUGGCUGCAGUAAGUUUUUUAAAGGGUCCUGACAAGGGAAUGUAUUUUUUUUGAUAGAAUGAGAAUUUUUUUUUUUUCGAGAUAUUAAUUCAAACUCAUGUUUACCUUUUGUAAUAGCCAGAUAGAUCUAGUUAUAUUGUAGUUCCAUUACAAGAGACUUUUGAAUGUAGUGUUUUAGCUAUGUAUUUUUUUUUUUUGUAUUUCAAAGACCACAGUGAGGCCUUAUCUUACACUCUUCACAGCAUUGUCAUGACGAGAAUUAAUUGUCUGCGCUUUUUGCAGACACCUACUUCAGCACAUUCUGUGUAAAAUCAAAGCUCAUUUUGAAACAAUAGCGGAAGGUCCAGAAUUUUGCAAAAACAAACUCCAUACCAAAACAGGCCAAAUUAGAAAUGGCCAAAGUUUGUAAAUAUGAGCUGCGGUUAUGUUUAAUGCCUUUUCUAUUGUUACUUUCGAAGUUCUUUUUCUUCUUUUAAAUGUGAUGCUGCUGAAUGCAUGUUUCGAACGUGCAUUGCACUGUGAGUUGCACUGUCCUGUGCUGGCGAAACAUCGACUGGAGCAAAUGCAUGCUAGCAAUGAUGAUGAUGAUAAUAAUAAUAAUGAUGGCGAUGAUUGUGUUCGAUAACCAGUACUUUUGCAAACAGCCUUGUUCUUACAGCUGUAAACGUUGCUAGCAGCAAAUGACCGUAUUCAUUCUGAUGAUUGUAAAUGUUUUUUGUUGUUGUUGUUGUUGUUGAUCUGCAGCGUCACACCGACAACAAGGAUGAGCCCCGUCCGUUAAAACUCCCCCCUACCUUCUACCAACCGCCCCCCCCCCCCAGCCCCCUCUCAAAGCACUUGAGAGUUUUCUGCUCCUGCAGAAAUUGUCUGCACUCACCGCAUUCCUGCUUAGCCCAGUCAGUUCAGUAUUUGUACACUUUGCUUUACCCUUUGUAAACCCUAUUUUGUAGCAAUGACAAAAUGUUUUUUUUCCCAUGAUUCCCAUGUGAUGUGUAAAAGAUAAAUAAAACAAUGGCGA